CCAAUUUCUUUCUCCACAACCGUGUAUAAUCGCCACCGAUAUCGCCACCAACAACCAUCACCGGAGACUUCGAAACAACGUCAUGUAGAUGUACACUCAAGCAUCUACCGCAUUGUAGUAAUGGCAGUAGGUUUAGGUAGUAAUAGUACAUCAACUCCAAUGUUAAUGACCGAGCUAGCAGUUGAUACUGGUAGUAGCUUCACAUGGAUCCAAUCUUUUCCUUGUGACUCCUGUUAUAGUCAAGGCAACUUCCCUUACUACAAUCACACUGCAUCCAAAUCUUUUAACUAUGUAUACUGUGGAGACGAAAUUUGUGAAACUUUACAUGGUGAUGUAUACCCUGGAUGUCGUGCCUUAAGAGGUUCCCUAGAGGAAUUUUCGUGCUCGUAUCGAAUGAGAUAUCUUGAUCAAUCUAGCUCAAGUGGCAUAGUUGGAACCGAGACAUUUUACUUCCCUAAACAAAGGCCUAUACUUGAUGAGUAUAUGCCACUAGAUGGAGUACCAUUUGGUGUAGGAGUUUCGAAUAACAUCCCGGAUAACUUGGUUGGAUUCGCACCAGGAAUGGCAGGGCUCUUACGUGAGGGAACGUUAUUGAACAAGCUAGGGGUGAAGAGAUUCUCUCAUUGUUUUCCUCGCUUCGAAGAUGAUAUUGGAAUAAUUGGUUUUGGUGAAGAAGCUAACAUUACAGGGGUUAAGUUGGCCUUAAAUCAGGAAUCAACAAACUAUGAGGCUCCCCUGACUAAUGUGUUUGUGGCAGGGGAGCAAAUUCUAGUGGCAGAGGAAGGAUUGCCUGUUGAUAUGGUGUUUGACACGGGUACGAGUUGGAGUGUUCUUUCCUCACCACUAAUGGACGCGUUUAUGGCUGCUAUCAAUCGGACUAGUCUUAGAAAGUUCAGGCCUCAGAGAUUGAAUGGAAAAAGUGAGUUUUGUUAUAAGACUACUGACUUGCUUACCAUUGAUUUGGACAAGGUUGCUAAGGUAACUUUUCAGUUUAGAUACACUGCUAAUAUUGAUUUGUUCUCUUUUCAUAUAUGGACUCGAGUUGAUGAAUUUCUAUGCUUAGCAUUCAUGAGAGGGGAACAAGGUGAAAAUGUCUUUGGUAGUGAUCUUAUGAGGCAUAUGAAUAUAGGAUAUACACUCGAUAUAGAUGACUUCGCUAUGUAUUUUUCUCAUGAGCAUUGUUGGAUAUGAGUCGUAUGA